AUGUUUUUGCUUUUAUUUAGCCCUCAUGGAAGGAAAUUCACUUCUAAAUCAACCCUUGCAAAGUUUCUUCUUAGUAAUGGCGAAAGCAGACUGAACAUAGAGGAAUUUGAUUUUACAUGCCCUGAUGAAAACAGUGUGCCUUAUUAUCUUGUACCGCCAUCCCCAUCUGAAGAACUGGGUUGCAAAGAUGUAUUUGGCAACCACAGAAAUAAUCGUAAAUCUGCUGUUUUGAGCUCUAGAUCUGAUGCACAGAAUAAUGAUAGUCAAACUGAGGUUUUCGGUUCUGUGAAUGAAAGAUUGGGAUGUCCUGCUUCUGAGGACACCCUUGCUGGUAAUGAGCAAUGCAUUACUAAAAAAAAAUAUCGAAGAACUAGAAGAAAGCUCUCAACAACCAAGAACAUUCCAACAAAGAAAGGCAGGAAAGCAUCUGAAUGUAAUGAAAUGUCAGCAGAUGGACAAAAACGAUCAAGAAAAAAGGCAACCAACUGUCCUGUGUCCAGUCAAAACAAUGAGCACUGUGUCAUCUGGAAGACUGAAAACUGCAAAAAUAAGGAGUAUAUUCAGAAACCUGAAGAAAAAGUUGCUGGAAAAACAAUGAGAGGCAAAAAGAGGAGCUGUCUAAAAAUAAAUAUAGGGGCUGAUUGGAAGACUGAACAUCCUCUACCAGAGGCACAAUUCCCAGAAAAGUUACAUCAUGACAAACUGGAACAAGAUGAGUUUGCCACCAUAUCAUCCAGCAGCCUCAGUAGUUAUGAAGAAGGAAAACCUAAGGAAAACUCACAGUCCAGUUCUGAACACUUAAAAUCUGAAUAUUUGGCUAAUGAAACAGAUACUGGGAAGUCACAGUCUGACGAUGACGAAACAUAUACACUGGUAAAGAAAAAGAAAGUUAAACGUGUUCCUAAAACACAGGUAGAAAAAAGAAAGAAAAGUCCCUAUUUUUCUGCUAAACUCGCCAAAGAAGCUCUUAGUCCUCCAAGACGCAAAGCAUUUCGCAAGUGGACCCCACCUCGUUCACCAUUUAAUUUGGUUCAAGAAACUCUCUUUCAUGAGCCCUGGAAACUUCUUGUUGCCACUAUUUUUCUCAAUAGGACAUCAGGUAAAAAGGCUAUUCCGGUGCUUUGGGAAUUCUUAGAAAGAUAUCCCUCUCCAGAGGUGACACGAGCAGCAAACUGGAAGGACAUAGCAGCACUACUUCAGCCUCUUGGCCUGUAUGAACUGCGAGCCAAGGCAAUCAUCAGGUUUUCAGAUGAAUAUUUGACAAAACAGUGGAAAUAUCCAAUAGAACUACAUGGAAUUGGAAAGUAUGGAAAUGAUUCAUAUAGAAUCUUCUGCCUUGGUGAAUGGAAAGAGGUCCAACCUGAAGAUCACAAGUUGAACUUCUAUCAUGCUUGGCUAAAAGAGAAUCACAAACAGCUGGGAGUGGACUGAAAAAACAACAGAAUGGAUUUAAAUGUGUACAUAUACGAGUGACUGUGUGCCUGUGAAGGGGAGGGAGAAAGACAGAAAGGGCUAAGUAUAGCUCUAAUAUCAAAAAUCUCUCUUGCUUGUUCAUCCUCUGUUAUUUUUCAUUUUUCUCUAAAACAGCAUCUCCCAGGACCACAUGUACUCUAUGCCAACACACGCCAAGAUAUAAGACUUAACAUUAUUAGAGUACACCUAGUACCUGAGUCAGUCAGUUCUGUACUACCUCUGAACACAGUUCAGAUCUGUAUCCUGACACACACUGGUGAAAAGUUCCUGUAUUCCAUGCUUAAAAGCAAUCUUCUAGUGAUCCAUGUGGCAAGUGAAUUAUAAACCAUGUCCCUUGUCAACAAUGUCUGUACUACUUGGGAGAGGAUUGUAAUGUGAAGCACUACCUUAAGUGCCAAUGUUUCAUCCAAACCACUUGCAGAUAUUUUUGGAAAAGAGUUCUGGCCUGCCUUGCUUUGCAGAAUGUAGUGGCAAUUGAAGGUUCCUUGGACAUGGAGCAUUGCAAGGGUCCUACACACAGCCCUUGUUGUCUACCAGAGACCCAUCAGAAAGCUCACAAUUUAGAGGGGAGGCCUGUAUCACAUCCUCCUAAAGAUAUGCCUGUUUUAUUUCAAAAAUGUCCCUUUGAUCUUCACAAAUGUUAGCUAAUGAGGACUCGAACUGAAACUUGUCUUCUACUUCCAAGGAUAAUGUCUUCUACUUCCUCCCUAAAAGGUGCAUUAUAGGGUGUAGGCACUGCUCAUCCUAUUGUGGAUUGGCUUCAGCAAGCUGACUGGCUUGAUUUCAAGGAACAGUCCCUGGAGGUAUCUGACAGUUGGUCAUGGGUAAUUCAGUCUGAGGGCUCUUCUUCCAGGAUGUCCCCUCUGAGCUCAGCAAAAUCUGAUAGCUGAUAUUGAAAGGCUAUGCUGGAUCUUCCCAUUCAAGGGCUCAUGGUUAAGGACUUACGUAUUAAACAGAUGCUUGUAGUGUGGUAGGAGUUAUAGGUAUGGAAAAGUGCAUUUACAGACUAUAUCCUGGUGCAGUUGUUUUGCUUGGUGCAGGCAUCGCAUGUUCUUAUAUUCCCUUUGACAAGCCCGCUGCCAAGUUUUGGAUUCUUGUCAUUCAACCUUCAGUCCUGAUAAUCCCUGUGCAAGCCUAUUUACAGGCUUAUCAUUAGAGCUGGUGAAGGGCAGGGAACUUCAUUACACUUGGAAUCCUGUCAGAAGUCAGUGGACUAGUAAGUUAUCUUUGAGAUGGAUAAGAACAGUAACUCCUCUUCAGCCUGUAGCCCCCCACCCCCACCUCAGACAACCCCUUCAGAAAGAUCUUAAGGCUUAUGAAGCUCUGUUUGGACUGGUUUGUGGCUGUAUUCCUUCCUCUCAGAAAGACCUGGUUGUGCAUCUGAGGAUGAAAGAGAGGAGCCUUGGUUCAUCCUGCUGUGGAGUUUCUCAUCAAGAAUGCCAUUAUUGCUACCUGCAAGCACAGAAAUGCUGCUACUGUAUUCAUCAAGAAGAUAUAUGCUGUCUGUAAGCCCCCGAUUUAAGUGGAGCAUCCUCUGUCUUACUCCUUUGUGAUCUCUCUUUGGUCCAGCACUGGCCUUUGAAACCACAAGAAUUUGCCACCUCAUCAUCAGAUAAGUCUAAAUGCCUAGACAAAGAUGGCAAGAGCUUACUGCUCUGCCAUAUUGGGGUUCAGAGCCCUCAAUUAUUUGUUUCACCUCUCCAUAUUCUAGUUCUGCCAAGUGGAUAAGGCACAGGAGAAAUUUUUCUCCCAUUCCCCUGAGUUGAGUUUGAGCUUAAAGAAGAAAUUAGUUAAUAUUCUGUGGCUUCCACAGUGGCUUUCCAUGUGACCUGCUGCAGUUUUCUCUGUUCAUAUGUUGUAGCUGGUGCCAAAGCUGUGGUGCAUGCCUUUGGAGGAUGGUUGAGUUGAGUCCAUCUUCCCUUAUGAAGGAGCUCAGAAAUUCCAUCCUGAACAUAUUUUUCAAGGGAGAGGUUCUUUUUGUGCAAUCAUUUCAUGAUCUAAUAGAAAAUAGAAGCCUUCCACUGUUGGAAGACCUUUAAAGUCCUCCUUCAGUUCCCUGUUGUCAAUUCCUUUUCCUCUUUCUGGAUUCAGACAACCCCUAAAGAUGUAGAAGCCUCCUCACAGACCAAGGAAGACUUUUGAAUAAUCUCACAGGCUUCCUUCUCUGCCUUUUAAAUCACCACCAAGGUGGAUAAUCCAAGAGGCCCAAUUGUCUCAGUCCUGAUUGUGCUCUGUGGCUGUCCUUAAGGGGUGGUUUCCCAACUUUGCCUUAGCUUGUAGCUCUAUUACAGAAGACCAUUGAGUUCUGGAUAUAGUCAUGGUUGGCAGCAUCUUACAGCUCUUCGAUUCCUCUUGGAAACAGCUCUUAUAAGAGACCACAUUUUGUUUACAAGACCUCUUUGUUCAGGACCUGGUUGUACUCUUGAAAGUAGCUGUAGAAGCAAUCAUCGUUUGAGUAAAGCUGUUUUACUUCUCUCCUUUUCUGGUUCUGAAGGAGAACAAGCUUUUCCAUCUUGUCUCACACAUGUGAAACUUAAAUAAGCACAUCAAAUACAUGAUGUUCAGGAAGGUAACUUUCUAGUUGGUCAUAUCUUACUGCUGCGAGGAACCUGGAUGAUGUUAUUGGACAUGAAGGAUACCUUCUAACAUAUUGCUCUCUGGAGUUGUUACAGGAGAUGCCUUUGAUUCACUGUAAGUGGACAUCACUUCCAGUACAGGAUGGUGUCAUUUGAAUUUUCCUUUGUGCCAAACAAAUUUGACAUGGCACUGCCCAUGAGGCUCAAAAGCUAGGUGCUAGAAGAGUUGGCAAGGAAAGGGGGGUGUGAGUGAAUGGCUGAUGCUAGCUUACCCAUCCUGGGUGAGAGAGUCUAGCUUUCUGCAUUGCUGGCUGCUACUGAAGAGAGGUGAUCCUGACUUAUUACAGAUGUAUUAUUGUGGUCUCAAUUAUUCUGUGGUCAGGUUGCAUGUGUUCAUUAUGACCUUAUGGAGAGCACAGUUGUGGCCCGGCACAGGCUGAUUCAGGCAGUUUGUAUGCCAUGAUUGACAAGCAUGUCCCUCCCCUGUUCAAGUCUGCUGUUUUGGCAGCAUUGAAGGUUAUAUCUUGGAAAGUGAUUUUUUUUCUGGUGGCUGUCACUUCUCCUGGCAAAGUCUCAGAAGUGCACAUGCAGGGAACAAUAUGUGGCCUUUCACUAGGUUCAGAUAAUCUGUGGAUCAGCCCACAUGUCCUACCAGUAGUGGUGUCUGAAUUUUCUCUGAACCACUUCACUCAUUCAUGCUUUCUUCACAGAGGUGAAAAUCAGAGAGGAAAGAGCCCUUCACAACCUUCAUGAGCACUGUCAGUUCAGGCUUUACCUGAAGCAAGUGCACAUGCUUGGGAAAACAAAACAACUGUAGAUCUCAAUUACUUCAGGGAGGAAGGGCUUCCAUUCAUUAUGGAAGCCCCUUCCAAGUAGACUACCUACUGCAUUAUCUUUUACCAUCAUCCAUUGGAUUGCUUAUAUUGGAAUAUACUGUAGCAAGAGAUCCUUCCAGUAGAGGCAAGACUGCAUCUCGUGUGUCCUUCAAAAAUGUCUUCACUAUAGACACUUUUUGCUUUGAACCAUUGGUCUUUAAUGUACAUCUUCAUUAUUACCUCAUUCAUGACAUUUGUACUUCAGGACUCAACCUUCAGAUCCUCAGCUUUUUGGCUGUCCUUUAGCACCUUCUACCCUGGUGGAUUUAUUGCUCGAAAUUCAACCUAGUUUAUGACCUAUGAAGGAGUCCCCUCUUCCAUGUUAGAUAUAGCAGAAGCACUCUGACUGUAUCAGUUUAUGUGUGAGAAACCCUUCCUUGGGUCCUUCCAUGUGCCCUCAUGUCAAAUCUGUUUGUCCAGAUUGCUUCUUUUCAAGCCUACCUGUUAGAUUUUCCUGUAUAUUGGGUUACUGUAUACUCAUUUAGUUGAGUCAAAGUGGUAUGUUACAAGCGUAUGGCCUACGCAUGCUGUUAUACUGUGGUUUGUGAUCAUAUCUUACUACUGUUAGGUAGUGAUGGGCAUGUGCUUCCUAAGCAUGCGAGCAUUCAGGAAAAACUGCCAAACUGGAACAAAACAGAGGAUGAACCCAAAUGUUUACUCAUAAAGGUGAAUCCCCCUGUAGAUCACCUGGUACAAUAAGAAUACAUCUGUUGGCUGCAAAUAUAUUAUAUAUGGGCCAAGACAUGUCCUGACUGGAUAUUUUUAAGCAUCAUUUUGGACUUCCUUUUCUGUGUGCAUCAGAAUUCAGUAAGUUUUAGUAGUACUGGAGAGAUGAGUCAUAUACUAUAAUGUGUAUAAAGCCACUUUUAGAAAAACAGUGUUUUAAGCUUGAGAGAGUAAUACAUUUGGCUAGAUGUCACUCAUCUUGCCACCACAAGCCUCAGAUCAAGUGUGAUGAACUGUGGAAUCAUAUUGCAGUCUAUAACUGUUUAAACAUGAUUUUGUACCAUUGAUGGGAUAUGAGAUUAUAUUUAUAUUGUACUGAGUGUGUCAUUCUGAAUAUUCUAGUUGUUGACCACAACAAGGAAAAAUGCAACAACAGACUGAAGUUUAAAGUGAGCUUCUGUUUUUACCACAACAUAAAUAAAUAUUGUUAGGACAAUA